ACACAACCUCACUUGUCUCUUACCCACGGCCGUCAAAUCCACAACGACGCGUCCUGCCAUCGAAAUCGGACCCCGUGCGCGACGGUGGGCUGUUGCGCAAUUGAUUCUGCGCCCAAGAUCAUUUCCCUCCGCGCGUAGUCUGUCAUAUUCCCUCUGAUCGUACUCAUGGCUCCGGGUCGCAUUUCAAACGGCGACUCUGGCGCCUCCUCCUCGGCCGAUGUGUCGAUGGAUGACGCGCCUCCGCCCCCUACUCGGUCAUCUUUGUUUCACGGCCGUCCAUAUAUGCGCGAUGCGCAAGAUACGCCAGACUACACGGACUCAGACACCAAUCCGAACACGACGGCCAGCAGUGUUGCUGGUGAUGUUCCGCAGACAGAUGGACGCAAACGUAGAGCAGAGGCCAUGCAGCUGCAGAAGAACAUGUUCAGCAAGAAGCACGGCCAACUGAACGAGAGCAAGGAAGACGAUUCGAUACGACGAUUCAGAUAUCUUCUUGGUCUCACAGACCUCUUUCGUCACUUCAUAGAGACCAACCCAAACCCACGUAUAAGGGAGAUCAUGGAAGAGAUCGACCGACAAGACGAAGAACAGCAGAAAAGCGUCAAGGGUGCCACACGUAAGGGUGGUGCAGCCUCCUCUAAAAGGAGAAAGACCGAGAAAGAAGAAGAUGCUGAGCUCGUGCGUGAAGAGAAGCAUGGCUAUGUUGACACUGUUUUUCGCGAGUCGCCCGGUUUCAUCAAGGGAGGUACCAUGCGUGAUUACCAGGUUGCAGGUUUGAACUGGUUGAUCAGCUUACACGAAAACGGUAUCUCUGGCAUUCUUGCAGACGAGAUGGGCCUGGGUAAGACGUUACAGACCAUCUCAUUCAUUGGCUAUCUUCGCUAUGUGUGCCAGAUCAAAGGGCCGCAUCUCGUCGGUGUGCCCAAGUCCACACUAGAUAAUUGGGCACGCGAGUUUGGCAAAUGGAUUCCAGAGAUCAAUGUGCUGGUGUUGCAAGGUCAAAAAGACGAGCGCAAGGCCUUGAUUGAGGAGCGUCUCAUCCCCCAAGAUUUCGAUGUGCUCAUCACUAGUUACGAGAUGAUUAUGCGAGAGAAGUCACAUCUGAAGAAGUUUGCUUGGGAGUACAUCAUAAUCGACGAGGCCCAUCGCAUCAAGAAUGAGGACUCUUCGCUGUCCAAUAUUGUUCGGACCUUCAAUUCGCGUAACCGAAUGCUCAUCACUGGCACCCCACUUCAGAACAACCUCCACGAACUGUGGGCAUUGCUAAACUUUUUAUUGCCGGAUGUUUUCGGUGACUCCGAGGCAUUUGACCAGUGGUUCUCGUCCCAGAAUGAGGGCGAAGACGCGGUCGUACAGCAACUUCAUAAGAUUCUGCGACCUUUCUUGCUUCGACGGGUCAAGGCCGACGUGGAAAAGAGCUUGCUACCUAAGAAAGAAUCGAACAUCUACGUUGGCAUGUCUGAGAUGCAGAUCAAUUGGUACCGGAAGAUUCUGGAGAAGGAUAUAGAUGCUGUCAACGGCGCUGGUGGCAAGAAAGAGUCAAAGACGCGUCUGUUGAACAUUGUCAUGCAGCUGAGGAAGUGCUGCAACCACCCCUAUCUCUUCGAAGGCGCCGAGCCUGGUCCUCCUUAUACCACCGAUGAGCACUUGGUGGAAAAUUCGGCGAAGAUGGUCAUGCUGGACAAGCUGCUCAAGCGAUUCAAGGCAAAGGGUGAUCGUGUCUUGAUUUUCUCCCAAAUGAGCCGUGUCCUUGAUAUUUUAGAGGAUUAUUCUGUCAUGCGAGGUUAUCAAUACUGCCGUAUUGAUGGCUCGACUGCGCACGAAGAUCGUAUUGCUGCCAUUGACGAGUACAACAAAGAGGGUUCGGAGAAAUUUCUUUUCUUGCUCACCACCCGUGCAGGUGGCCUUGGAAUCAACUUGACGACUGCCAAUAUUGUCAUUCUUUUUGACAGCGAUUGGAAUCCCCAGGCUGAUCUUCAGGCUAUGGAUCGCGCACAUCGUAUCGGGCAAAAGAAGCAGGUAUACGUGUAUCGCUUCGUAACAGAGAACGCCAUCGAGGAGAAGGUCCUUGAGCGUGCUGCACAGAAGUUGCGACUAGAUCAGCUGGUCAUUCAACAGGGCCGUGCUCAGCAGCCACAGACUAAAGCGGCUGGCAAGGACGAACUUCUUAACAUGAUCCAAUUUGGAGCGGAGAAGGUCUUCCAGGAGGGUGCAACUGCAGCAUCGGCCAUGGUCAAUGACGAUGACAUCGAUGCAAUCCUGAAGCGUGGAGAGGAGAGAACGGCUGAAUUGAAUUCCCGAUACGAGAAGCUGGGUCUUGAUGAGCUACAAAACUUUAAAUCAGACUCUGCUUAUGAGUGGAAUGGUGAGAGCUUUGUGCCCUCCAAGGUCAAUAUUGGACUGAACUGGAUCAAUCCAUCCAAACGUGAGCGCAAGGAGCAAUCGUACUCGAUGGACAAAUACUAUCGUCAGGCACUUCAGACAGGUGGCCGAACCGCAGAGACACGGACACGUAUUCCACGCGCACCGAAGCAAGUUACCAUUCAUGACUACCAAUUCUUCCCUCCGGGAUUGCAGGAAUUGUUCGACAAGGAAACAGCGUGGUAUCGAAAAGAGAACAACAUUGCUGUUCCUCUAGCUGAAGGUACGGAAGAAGAUCUCGAGGCACGCAAGCAGGAUCAGGAACUUGCACAAGCAGAGGUCGACAACGCUGAGCCCCUAACUGAGGAGGAAAUCGCCGAGAAGGAGAGGCUGAUCUCGCAAGGCUUUCCCGACUGGAAUCGCCGUGAUUUUCAACAAUUUAUCAACGGAAGCGCCAAAUACGGGCGCCACAAUUACGAAGGGAUUGCUCAGGAAGUUGAUGGCAAAAACGCAGCUGAGAUAAAAGAAUAUGCCAAGGUUUUCUGGAAGAAGUACAAGACCAUCGCGGGCUGGGAGCGUCACAUCGGUGUCAUUGAAGAGGGCGAAGCACGCACACGCAAAAUUGAAGAGCAGAAGCGUUUACUUGCUCUGAAACUCAAACAAUACCGCAACCCACUACAGCAGAUGAAGAUCAACUACACUGUGUCGACCACAAACAAGAAGGUGUAUUCAGAAGAAGAAGAUCGAUUCUUGCUCGUGAAGUUGAACGAGCAUGGGAUCGACAGUCCAGGCAUCUAUGAGAAGUUGCGUGAGGAUAUCCGGGAGUCGAGGUUGUUUAGAUUUGAUUGGUUUUUCCUAAGCAGAACACCCCUCGAGAUUUCGAGGCGCUGUGCGACACUGCUUACGACUGUCACGAGGGAGUUCGAAGGCGGCGAUGCGAGAAUUACGAAUGGCAAGAAGAGAAGUAAGGAGGAAGAAGUUGAGGAAGAAGUCGAGCAGCAAGAGGAACCGGCAAAGAAGAAGACCAAGGGGGGUGCAGGUGCUAAGAGCAAGCAGCUUGCGAAAGUCAAGCGCGAAAGCGGUGCAGCAUCGGGCACGACGAGCCGGGCAGAGAGCGUGGUUUCGAAUGGAUCGACGGCGCCGGUGCCAACGAAGAGCAAGGGCAAAGGACGCAAGAAGUGACUGUCUUCACAUCAAACACGGCGUGUUGAAUGGACGAAUGCAUUAGGAACGGCGUUCAUCUGGUGUCCUUGACUUUGAAUUUUUUUUUAUCUUGUUUUUGGGCGGCCAUGCAUUGCAAAGCACAUUUGAAAGCGACUGGCAUAGGUAGAUGGCUUUUGGUUGAGCACCUUGGCGGCUCUCUUAACGGAGAGCGCUGUGCAUUUGGGAAUUUUUGAGGACGGCGUCUCGACUGAGAACCGUGAAUUGUAUACUGUGCUAGAGCAUGGCAUAGUAUAGACAUGCGAAGGGCUGGCUGUGCAAAGCUUCAGUCCGUGGCGUCUGUAGUGGCCAGAGUGUCAAAUAGGAUUUUCGAAAGAUGAUGACUG